CUAGUGUGUGUUAUUCGCCUCUCGGUUAUCAUGCCUCGGGUUACGGGCUUGAUGCACACUUUUUAGCAACCAGGCAUACAUGUAUCGCAACUGGAGCCCGGCUAUGCUCCAGGCAUACCAUGAGAAGCUGUGGCGGUUAGUCAUGAAUUCUGAUCGGUUCGGCGUCCACUGGACCAAAGCGUGGGCGACUAUUCUCUCGGGCCCUUCCAAAUUGUGGGACGCUAUCCUCUGGGGCCCUUCCAAGUUGUGGAGCAUCAUUCUCUGGGGCCCUACCAAAUUGUGGCGCGCUAUUCUCUUGGGCUCUUCCAAAAUAUUAGGCACUGUUCCCUCGGACAUUUCCAAUUUGCGGGGCACUACUAGAAUUCUCUUAAGCACUUCAAAUUUCAAUCUGUGCACUGUCCUCUCCUGUGCUUCGCGUGGUUUGAUAGGACUCAACAUCUGGUCAAUCAGGCAUCCAUAUAUCGCAGCUGCAGUUUUGCUAUACAUAUCUGAGGAUCCGGGUAUCCUUCUGAGGCCAUUACAGCUAAUGGGAAAACCUGGACUAUACAUACAGACCUUGCCCGUUCCCCUGAAUAGCGGUUAUUACGAGACUACAGACACAAAUGGAUACGAGAAGGUGGACGCACACAAAGCCGAAUCGACGGCCGUGCUUAGCGUCUCUUGGUUGACGGGUUUUGGGGCUGUGUUUGUGUUGGGUAGAACGUGGGGGUGGUGGGAUUAAUAUCGUGGUACCGUAUACCAGUUGUGACAUGUUGAUGUGCUUACUAGUUUCCACCAAUCACAACACCUGGCAGUCAUCAGACUCGUUCGUGCAGAAUA